CUUUGCCCAAUUUAACCUUUACCUUUUCAACAUAUUCCCAUCAGUCCGCUAGCCCUGUCAAGUGCCAACUCAGUAUCGUCAAGGGCAAUUAGAAACACAGCAUUCUCCUUGGGACUUAUAAAUACAGGAUCUGGUUCCCAACUCACAUCACAACAUUCGGCCUUCUCCAGUGCAUUCAUCUUUACAAGACACCCCAUUCAAAAAUAAUGGCCUCUCGAUACGAACUAGAGAUCAAGAUCUCCUCGGCUAGGGAUCUCAAGAACAUCAACUGGCGCCAUGGCCCCAUCAGGCCCUACGCCGUCUUAUGGGUUGACCCCAACAACAAAUGCUCCUCCAAGGUCGACGAGGAGGGUGACACGUGCCCCCACUGGGACGAAACCCUUGUCCUUCCCUUGCCCGGCUCCAUCGACGACUACCCCACUCUCUACAUCGACAUCGUCCACGCCGGUUCCGAGGAAGAAACCAAGCCUCUCAUCGGAUCCGCUCGCCUCAAGCUCACGGAGGUUCUGGACGACGUCGGCUUCAAUGAGCGCGCCCACCGAACCUUACAGCUCAAGCGACCCUCCGGCAGGCCCCACGGAAAGAUUGAUGUUAACGUAGAAAUACGACAGCCACGCUACCGCGCGCCGGACCCCUAUCACGCGCCAUCUUAUGGGGUCCCACCACCAUCGGCUUCUAGAUCCUACGACUACACUGCUCCGCCACCCUAUGGUAACCCAUACGCAGCACCGCCACACGAUCCUUACUAUUCAGCGGCCCCACCGGCCGGUGGGUACCCCUACAGUGGGUACAACGCACCAACACCUUACGGGCAACCAAGUUACGGGCAGACACAGUACGGGGGGGAGUAUGGCUACGGGCAGGUGGAGGAGAAGAAGAAGGACAGCAAGUUUGGGAUGGGGACUGGACUGGCGGUGGGAGCGGUGGCAGGGGUGUUGGGUGGAAUCGCAAUAGCAGAAGGUGCCGAUUACGUGGAGGACAAGAUCGCCGACGAGGCAGCCGAGAGGGUAGAGGAGCAGUUGGAGGAUGAUGCUGGGUACGAUGGGGAUGACUUCUAGAUUACGGGGGCCUAAUUCUGAUGUUAUUUCCUUUUUUUUUUUUUUUUUUUUUUUAAGAAU